UGUGGUUACCCUAGCAGCUAUGGUUCUUGUCGGAGCGGCGCUCGAGACUUUGGAUGCUCAAGACGCGGCGACCAAGUUGGCUUGGCUCUUGGGUCAUCCCACUUUGGUAGCCGCCGCUGAUGCUUUCAAGGCAUCGCCGGCGAUAGAGAUCAAACAGUCCGGCACUCCGCGUUUCGUGUGUGUUUUGCAAAAGGAAUUCGCGACCGCUACUCCAGAGUUUGUGGAUUUUGUUGGCACAGAUGAUGCAACAACUUGUGUGGGAGUGGGAAUCCGAGAUCCCAAAUCCGGACUAACAAGCAUCGGGCAUUUGGACUUUGCAGGCUGCGUGAAAGAAGGCCUCGCCCAAAUGCUUUCUUCGCUUUUUCCGGACAAGGACACCAUCCUCGAGGUCCAUAUGGCUGGUGCUUACGAUGACUCCAUCGACAUGGAGCUCCGAGAAGAUGAGAUGGGACACUCUUGGCCUCUGUGCCUAGAACUUGUUGAGGAGUUGCAAGCUCUGCCUUACAAGCUGGAAAUCCGGACGCUUUGCAUUCUCCGGCAUAACACUGUCACAAGCGAUGGGGGUUAUCCUUGUCCUGCUGUGAGAGGCUUCGCGAUCGAAACAAAGUCUGGACGCUGUGUUCCAGCGAGUUUUUCAGCUGACGCCAGUGGUCCGGACGAAAUCAUUCGAGCACUCUCGAUGCUGGCGGGGCCGGCAUCCAGGCUCCGGUCCCCGUAUGACACCGAGUCGGACACUUUCUCGAUCAAACCAUUCCAGUGGAGCCGAGGAUGGAAAAUGCUCGCAGCGCAGUCGCUAGCUCUGUCUGAUGCCGAGCUACUCCAGACUCGAUCAACGUCUCCACACGCAGAGAGCCCGAGCUUCGUCACCUCCAUCAGAAGGAUGGACGCUUAUAUUUACAACCAUCCGGACUGGGAACACGCAUUUCCAAACCGAGAGAGCCGAAGGUUCGUAAGAGAUCCUGGAACUGGGAGAUGGAUGCGAGCGGAAGACCCAAACUCAAAAAGAGUUGCAAGCACAGCCAAAGCUUUAUGGUAGCUCUCGCUUUGAAAACCACAGGCUCUUCGUCACCACAUCCCGAGAGAGAGCUUUGCUACGACAGAUUCUCAAGCGAGGCAAUCCACAAAGCGAGUCUCUCGUUCA